GAACAAAACAAUCUAAAUCAUAAAUCUUGUAGUAAUUACAAUGGCGUCAGAGCAAGCAAGAAGAGAGAACGUGGUGAAGGAAAGAGAAGUUCAAGUAGAGAAAGACCGAGUCCCGAAGAUGACGAGUCAUUUCGAGUCAAUAGCCGAGAAAGGCAAAGACUCCGACACGCAGAGGCAGCAGGAGACGACGACACACUUUGUGUCGCUCUCGGACAAAGGAAACGAAGGAGAAGGUGAGUCCAAGAUGAAGAUGACUAAGAUGCCUCACACCGUUGGGAAGUUCGUUGUGCAUAGUGGUGAUAAGGAAGGAACGGGGAAGAAGGAGGAGGAGGAGCAAGAGAGGGCGUCACUAGAGGAUAUUCAAGGGUUUAGAGCCAAUGCUCAGCAACAAUCUAUGGAUACGGUAAGAGCAGCGGAGGAGAGGUAUAACAAGGCUAAGGAGAGUUUGAGCCGUGGCGGACAAGGAGGACAACAAGUGGAGGGAAGAGGAAGAGAGAGUGGUGUCCAUGUUACUCACGUUGGGACUGAGAAAGGAGGAAACGUGCAAGACACGGCAAGUGAGAAGACUCAGAGAGCUUCUGAUUACGCGAGGGAGAAGGCAAGGGAAGCUGGACACGUGGGGGCUCAGAAAGGGCAAGAGGCUGAGGAGCAAGCUGGUAGAGCUAAAGAUUACACUAUGGAGAAGGGAGGAGACGUGAAGGACACGGCAAGUGAGAAGACUCAGAGAGCUUCUGAUUACGCGAGGGAGAAGGCAAGGGAAGCUGGACACGUGGGGGCUCAAAAAGGGCAAGAGGCUAAAGAACAAGCUGCAAGAGCUAAAGAUUACACUAUGGAGAAAGCUGGUGAAGCCAAAGAGACUGCGGCUGAGAAGGCUCGGAGAGCUACUCAGUAUGCAACUGAGAAAGCAAAAGAAACAGCAAACAUGACAGCUGAACAAGCUGCAAGAGCCAAAGACUUAGCUUUACAGAAAGCUGCUGAAGCUAAAGACACAGCGGCUGAGAGGGCUAAGUAUGCAACUGAGAAAGGAAGAGAAACGGGAAGCACAGCAGCUGAAGAGGCCGCAAGAGCUAAAGACUUGGCUUUACAGAAAGCUGCUGAAGCUAAGGACGUUGCGGCUGAGAAAGCUCAGAGAGCUUCUCAGUAUAUGGCUGAGACAGGAAACACAGCAGCUGAAAAGGCUGUGAGAGCCAAAGACUACACUCUUCAGAAAGCUGUUGAAGCUAAGGACAUAGCGGCUGAGAAAGCUCAGAGAGCUUCUCAGUAUGUAACCGAGAAAGGUAGAGACACUGGAAACGUUGCUACUCAGAAAGGACAAGAAGCCAAAGAACAGACAGUUUCAGUGACGACAAAAGCCAAAGACUACACGGUUCAAAAGGCCGGUGAAGCGGUGGAGAUGAGCAAAGAAGCGGCUGAGUAUGCAAAGGAGACGGUGGUGGAAGGAGGCAAAGGCGCUGCACAUUACGCUGGAGUAGCCGCUGAGAAAGCGGCUGCGGUUGGGUGGACAGCGGCGCAUUUCACCACGGAGAAAGUGGUGCAAGGGACCAAAGCGGUUGCCGGUACGGUGGAAGGAGCGGUUGGCUCCGCAGGGCAUAAGGCGGCGGAAGUUGGUUCUAAGGCGGUGGACUUGACUAAGGAGAAAGCUGCAGUGGCUGCUGAUACGGUGGUUGGGUACACAGCGAGGAAAAAAGAGGAAGCUCAACACAGAGACCAAGAGACGCACCAGGGAGGUGAGGAAGAGAAGGGACAAGGUUAUGUCACGGAACCAAGGAGAGGGUUUCAAGAGGAGUACAAAGGAGGAAGAGGGAGUACCGAGGAAGAUGUCUUUGGGUAUGGACCAAAAGGCUUCUCCGGGGAAGGGAGGAGAGACAUCCGUGAGGACUACGGAAGAGGAAGGGAGAGUGAGGAAGAUGUCUUCGGAUAUGGAGCACAAGGAGGAGUCUCCAGAGACGUUGGAGAGGAGGAGUUAUACGGAGGAGGAGGAAGAAGGAACGAGAGAUAUGCCCAAGAACAAGGUGCUGGAGCGGGAGGAGUGCUCGGGGCUAUUGGCGAGACUAUAGCUGAGAUUGCGGAGAACACAAAGAAGAUAGUUAUUGGUGAUCCUCCUGAGAGGACACAUGAGCAUGGAACUGCUGGUUAUAUGGGACAGGAACAUGGACGUCGUUGAUAAGUGAAAAAGGAGACGUGUUUUGUUUUUUGUUGUUGUCUAAAAGGGUUUUUGUAUGUAAAUAACAAAAAGCUCUGUUUCUGUUAUGUAAUGGUUGGUGAACCAAAUACCAUCUCCACUGGUCUUUUAUCUACUCUUUGGAUCUCUUAAGAUAAAAGUGAACCUAGUACACACCAGCAGAACAAGAGCAUCAAUUAAUUUCACCUUUAGACCAUGUUUCAGAUCCAAGAACAUGAUAAAAAAAUUGGAGACAAAAC